CACAUCAUCAGUUUCACACAGGCCUCAUUUAAAAUCCUGCAGCUGCCGUUGCACACCACCAUUUAGUUCCGUUGGCUGCGGUGAAUAAGGAUAAUUAGCUAUUGUUCAACAUGAGAGCUAAUACUUAAUGAACAUGUCUGGUGUUUUUCAUCAGGAUCACUGCCUCGUUUGCCCCGCGGUCCUUUUGUUCCGGGCUGUUUUGAUGUGGUUCCCUCUGCUCUGGGUUCCGUCAGGCUCUCUGGCUGAGGCAGAAACACAUGACAUUUCCUGAGCCCGCAGGCUAAUUCCUUCCCUGCUCCUUUUCCCUCUCUGCUCCUGCUCUCGCCAGUGCCAGUGUUGGUUGGAAAUCCCACCGUUUGAGGUCAGUCAACAUGGCUGGAGCCAAUCCCAACGAGGGCGGGUCAGAGUUCACAGUUCACCAGUCCAUCACAGAGACACUCACUUUCAUCAGAAAUGUGGGACAGGGACUUGGUCUCCAUGAGGACAACUGGACCUGACAAGACUGCUGGUGGCGCUGCAUCCCUGGUAUGACCCUGUUCAGCCCUAGAUCUGCAUCAGAUAAUCUCAGUACUUCAGACUCUGGUUUUCCUUGUACUUGUGCCUCAGGUACAUCAUGAUGCAUGUGGUCCUGUCCAGUUGGCAAGACACGAGCAUGAGUGGAGAGCUCAAGUCCAGCCGCUCCAGGGCAGCGAGUAAGAGGUCCAGCAACACCACUUAUGGAUCUGACUUGGACCUGGACUAUGACAGCUACCACGAGGACUACCAUGACAGGACGUACGACUACCAGCGUGUCCCUGCCUCCAUGUCUCCUUCAUCCCUAGGAUCCAGUUUGGCCAAGAGAUCACGUUCGUCCUCUUACCUCUCUGGUCACAGACGCAGUCGAGACAGAACCCACUCCAAAGGCUCCAGAGGCCACUCCACCAGUUCAACCACGGCGAAACUGGGGAUGGAGGAGUUGCAGGUGAUUAAAAAGGAGCUGACUCUGAUAAAGACACAGAUCGAUGGGCUGCUCGACAGCCUCGAAAGGAUGGACACGCACAGGAGUGACCACAAGGGGUGUCCACUGAGAGAGGACAGUCCCGUCGGCUCACCCUACGCUCUGUCGUCCAGCAGCCCGGACCACUCCCUCUCCUCUCUCUCUCCUCCCAGCUCCCACCAUCAAAUCCUCAGGGACAUUCCUGACCUGAAGGAAUCUGAUGACGAUUAUCAGGACCACCACUUGGUGAGCAGCCACAGCUUUGACCCUGAAGAGGAAAUAUGAGCACCGGAAGAUUGGGCAGUUGUAGACUGGAGUGCCAACCACUGUCGAA